GAAGUACUUCUUUACUGGAGGUAACACAUGGAAGAAUAGGGAUGCGGAAUGGCGGAGGGAGAGAAAAGAAACCCUUCAUCGCCUGGGUCUCCUUUCUUGGGCUUGCAGUUUGUUUCUCCCCCUAAUUUCAGGCUGACAAAUGACAUCAGAUUGGAUCAGUUUGAAGAUGAGGACCUGUCUGAGAUCACAGAAAUCACUGAUGGCUGUGGCAUGAGCCUCAACUGCAACAGUGUGGACAUCAAGGGUCAUGUGAUGCAAGAGGCCAAUAACGGGGCAAGAAAGGCGGACGGGAUAGCAUCCAGCAAGCUGCAGGCAGAGAUGCUUCAUUUGGACCUGAUCGAUGCUGUGGAUGAGAUUCAUAACAAGGGAGUCACUCUGCCCACCAAGGAGCCCCCAGUGAAGGAACCCACUUCUGUCACCAUGGAUACCUACCGGCCGAAGAGACCCACAACCCUUAACCUCUUUCCGCAGGUGCCUCGGAGUCAGGAUACACUAAACAACAACUCAUUUGGCAAGAAGUACAGCUGGCAGGAUAAAGUAUCACAUUCUUCCUCACCCCUCAAAGCAGGAGAGCUGACUCCAACACAUGACCACAUCUGCUUGAGUGACGAGGAUAAAGUGCAGCACAGUGACAGUGCCCAGACCAGAGACACAGGCACCUCCACAGAUGCCAUGUGCCGGAAGGACACACACUCUAAGAUGCAGGACAAGCCCUCACAGACUCAGGCCCCUGCACAUCCACCCACACCAACAUGUAAGAUGGGGGCUACAGGGGAGGGGCAUCAGGAGCGCAUCCGCUAUCACACGGAUGUGCGCCUGGAGCCCACUGAGGAGAUCUACCUGACCCCCGUGCAGAGGAACUCAGACCCCCUGGAGCAGGAGAGACCCUUCAUAACUCAGUACAGACACAGCCACCAUAUGUCCGUCAGCUCCGAUGCAGGCGGCCCCCCUCCAUACCAUCCCCUCCCUGAUUGGAUAAACCCCUCUAUCAGUGAGGAGGAUGAGGUCCCUCCCCCACCCUACUCAUCUGUCACUGCAGUGGACGUGACUGUGAGGGAGACUGGGUACAGGGGAACAGUGGGAUCUGCCAGGACCCAGGGGGUUGACUUUCACCAGGGGGACCCAGGGGUCCCACGGACAUCCAUCGGUUCGGAGACCAGCGGGCUCUCCUAUGACUCAGUCAAGUACACCCUGGUGGUGGAUGAGCAUGCCCAGUUGGAGCUGGUCAGCUUGCGGCAGUGCUACCAGGGCUACAGCGAUGAUAGCGACUCAGGCACCAUCUACGACAACUGCGUCUCUUCACCUUAUGAGUCGGCUAUUGGUGAGGAGUAUGAGGAGGAAGAGGAAGAGGGAGGGGGACUGAGUCGGGACGCAGCCUGCCUUUCAGAGGAUUCCACCCCUGAGGCUGAUAUGACAUUCUCAAGGAAGUUCCUCAAUGUAUUCAUGAAUGGGCACUCACACUCCUCCAGUGCCGAGUCCUUCGGCCUAUUCUCCUGUGUUUUAAAUGGGGAGGACAUGGAGCAGAGCCACCGAGCUGUUUUCAGGUUCAUCCCGCGCCAUGAUGAUGAGCUGGAGCUGGAGGUGGACGAUCCAAUACUGGUAGAGGUGCAGGCAGAGGACCUCUGGUGUGAGGGCUACAACAUGCGCACCGGUGCCCAUGGUAUCUUCCCUGCCUACUAUGCCCUGGAGGUCACCAAGGAGCCAGAUCAGUUUAAAGAAAGAGGUAGUGAGUGGAUGGAAAAAUUCCGAGUGAAGUUCUUGGGCUCUGUCCAAGUGCCAUAUCACAAAGGGAAUGAAGUUCUCUGUGCGGCUAUGCAAAAGAUUGCCACCAACAGAAGAAUGACAGUCCAGUUCAACCCUCCCUCUUCCUGCAUACUGGAGAUCAACAUUAAAGGGGUGAAAAUUGUGGUUCUAGAUGACUACAGUGCUUUUGACAUUGGUAAUAAAUGCAGUCACUUCUUCCAGCUUAAGAACAUCUCCUUCUGUGGUUAUCAUCCGAAGAAUAACAAGUAUUUUGGAUUCAUCACAAAGCACCCAGCAGAUCAGAGAUUUGCAUGUCAUGUCUUUGUCUCGGAAGAUUCCACAAAACCUCUGGCAGAGUCUAUAGGGAGAGCGUUCCAGCUAUUCUACAAGGAAUUUGUGGAAUUCACAUGUCCUACAGAAGACAUCUAUCUGGAGUAGCCCACCCACCCUGCCUUGCUUAAUGUCCUUGUACACUAUUGUGAAUUAUUUCAUGUUGCAUGAUGGAUGAAAAGAAGAUGUUUAAGAAACAGAUUGGGGGAGAGAUAGAGAGAGGGAGAGAGAGAGAGAUAGAGAGAGAGAGAGAAUUUUUUUUCUGGCUGAUAUAUUUUCUUGAAUAAAAAAUGAAUCGGCCCAAAAAACGC